AUGGAGUUGGAAGAUUAUUUUGGUUUCGCGUCCAUGGAGUUGGAAUACUCACCCAACUCCACUAUCAAGACCCUGCCCUUACGGGCCGCUGGACCCCCGGAAGCGGAUGGCAACCAGCCCCAUUUCUAUUGGCCUUUCGCAACUAGCGACUUGUAUAACUGGAAGGCACAGAACCCUAAGUUCUCCGAAAAGCCGGGGAGACUUAUUGACUUGCUAGAUUCUGUUCUUUUCACCCAUCAGCCCACAUGGGACGACUGUCAGCAGCUUUUACAGAUUCUGUUCACAACGGAAGAGAGAGAAAGGAUCCUCAAUGAGGCCCGGAAGAUGGUUCCUGGUGUAGAUGGAAAUCCAACCACAAACCAGGCCCAGAUAGAUGUCUCUUUCCCUUUAACUAGGCCUGAAUGGGAUUUCAACACGGCAGAAGGUAAGGAGAGGCUUUCGGUCUACCGCCAGACUCUGAUGGGAGGUCUCCGUAGGGCUGCUAGGAAGCCCACCAAUUUGACCAAGGUAGGGAAUGUACAGCAGGGAAGAGAUGAGUCUCCAGCUGCUUUUCUAGAACGGAUCAUGGAGACAUAUCGCACCUACACCCCCAUGGAUCCAGAAGCCCCUGAGAAUAAGGCAGCUGUAAUCAUGAGUUUUAUAAACCAGUCAGCCAUGGACAUUAGAAAAAAACUGCAGAGAAUAGAUAGAUUAGGAGAAAAGAGUUUACAGGAUUUACUGGCAGUGGCAGAGAAGGUGUUCAAUAACCGAGAGUCCCCUGAGGAUAGACGAGCCCGCACCAUGGUGGCUGCCAGUGACAAGCAGACCCGAAACCUGGCCAAGAUUCUGCUAGCCACCACCACGGAGUCCCCUGAGGAGCGGACCCACCGCCUUCGCCAGCUUGCUGAUGGCCAAGAAAGAGCCUGCCGCUAGCGCCUCAAAGCCAACCCCUGUUUGCCUUCGAGUGGCACGACCCAGAGGAAGGCUACAGUGGACAAUUAACCUGGACGCGAUUGCCCCAAGGAUUCAAGAAUUCACCCACCAUCUUCGACGAGGCGCUGCAUGAAGACCUUGGUGAGUACAGGAGAGAGCACCCCAAUCUCACUCUCCUUCAGUACGUAGAUGACAUCCUGAUUGCUGCCGAUACCGCCAAAGAUUGUGAACAAGGGACCAAAGAUCUGCUGGCCACCCUAGGGACCUUAGGGUACCGGGCCUCUGCGAAGAAGGCUCAGAUAUGCCAAAAGAGGGUGAGUUACCUGGGGUACAUACUGGAGGGCGGACAGCGGCGGUUGUCAGAUGCUAGAAAAGAGACAGUCUUGAAAAUCCCUGCUCCCCCCUCCCGGAGGGAGGUGAGGGAGUUCCUAGGAUCGGCUGGCUAUUGCCGCCUCUGGAUACCAAGUUUUGCUGAGAUCGCCAGGCCCCUAUAUGAAGCCACCAAGGAGGGGAAGGCCUUUAAAUGGACUGAGACAGAAGAAAUGGCCUUUAAUCAGAUAAAGAAAGCUCUUUUGGCUACUCCAGCCCUGGGCCUACCAGACAUUACAAAACCCUUUCGCCUCUUUGUAGAUGAGCGCAAAGGAGUGGCAAAAGGGGUUUUAACCCAGGCUUUAGGCCCCUGGAGUCGCCCAGUGGCAUAUUUGUCUAA